AUGGAUUUGCUUCUGCCGCCGCAAGGAUUUGCUUCUGCCUGGGCAGAAGCCCAGGCAGAACGGCUUCUGCCUGCCAGAAGCCGUUGGCUAGCUUCUGCCACAAGGCAGAAGCUAGCCAAUAGGCGGAAGCCGUUGGGCUUCUGCCUUGGCAACGGCUACUGGCGCCAGUGCGACUUCAGCAGGAGGUCUGAGCGGUUCUGGACAUAUGGGAGAAAUGUCGACUUUUACGUACGAUCAAAUGAAGGUGCGAGAUUACAUGGACAGAUUUCAGCUGCUGCAACUUCACCGCCGAAACCUACUCGUCCCACUGCUAAUUUUCUUCCCACCAUAUGGGGGAAUCAGUUCCUUAAAGAUGAUUUUGAAUUCAAGAACUUUGAUCCCACAACUCAAGAAGAACAUGAACAACUGAAAGGAGAGGUUAGAAAGAAACUAAUGGAUGCUACAGAUCAUACGUCACUUCAGAAAUUGAACUUGAUUGAUACAAUACAAAAGUUAUGUGUGGCUUAUAACUUUGAAGAAGAGAUAGAAGAUGCUUUGCAAAAAAUUUAUGAGGAUUGUGACAUUGAUCAAUAUAAUGAUUUGCAAACUGUUUCUGUGUAUUUUCGGCUUCUUCGACAACAAGGAAUUUGGGUUUUCUGCGAUGUGUUUAAAAAGUUCAAAGAUGAUGACGGAAAAUUCAAGUCAUCCUUGAUUAAUGAUGUCCAAGGAAUGCUAAAUUUGUAUGAGGCAGCACACUUCGCUAUUCAUGGCGAAAAUAUUCUGGAUGAAGCCCUCGCUUUCACCACCACUCACCUUAAGUUAAUGGUAUCUCGUGUAAGUCCUGAAGUUGCAGACGAAAUAAAUCAUACUUUGAGAUUUCCUAUCCGUAAGAGCGUACCAAGGAUUGAGGCAAAAUUUUUCAUGUCCACCUUUCCAAGAGAUAAUUCUCCCGAUAAAGCCUUGCUUAAAUUUGCCAAGUUGGACUAUAACAUACUGCAACUGAGCCACCAGAAGCAACUCAGUGAAAUCUUACGGUGGUGGAAAACUUCAGGGUUCACUAAAAAUCUGCCCUACAUUAGAGACAGAACAACGGAGAUAUAUUUUUGGAUCUUGGGAAUCUGCUUUGAGCCAAAAUAUGCAUAUGCCAGAAGAAAAUUGACAGAAGUUUUUGCUUUGCAAGCCCUCAUAGAUGAUACAUACGAUUCCUAUGGUACACUUGAAGAACUCACACCCUUCACAGAAGCAAUUAGAAGAUGGGACAUUGCCGCCAUAGAUGCACUUCCAGACUACAUGAAAUUCAUUUACACGACAGUCUUUAAUAUUUUGGGCGCAAUUGAGGAAGAUACGAUCAGGGAAGGAAGACCAUACUCUACAGAAACUAGCACUCAGAAUGAAAUUGCCCUGUAUGAACGUUGGGAGCGAUCUAAUCGCUUGAGUAUGAUGUUCAUCAGGAUACGCAUAUCUACUAGUAUUCGUGGUUCAAUCCCUGAGUGUAAUAAUGUCAGGUUUCUUGAAGAAAAUGGGAUUGUUGCCCAAUACACUAUGCCUGGUUCUCCGGACCAAAAUGGUAUAGCAGAAAGAAGAAACCGAACUCUAUUGGACAUGGUGCGGAGUAUGUUUAGCAGCUCCAAACUUCCUAAAUCACUGUGGAUAGAAGCUCUUAAAACGACAGUGUAUAUAUUGAACCGAGUUUCAACCAAGGCUGUUUCUAAAACACCAUUUGAGUUAUUUAAAGGUUGGAAACCGAGUUUGCGACAUAUACGCGUUUGGGGAUGCCCGUCUGAAUCUUGCAUAUUCAGUAUAUAUAUAUGCUUAGAUAGAGACCAUAUACAUGAUUCUUACACAUACAGCAUAACUUAUCCAAAAAAAUUGGUGCAAAGCGCGGUAGAAGCAUAUUACACUGAAGCCGUAUGGUUCAAUAGAGGUUAUGUUCCAUCAUUUGAGGAAUAUAUGAAUGCUGCAAUGGAAACUGGUAGCUGCCGACUUCUAAUGUCGAUUGCCUUCAUUGCCUUGUGUGCAAGGGAAGAGGAUUUUGAGUGGCUGUGCUCUGAUCAGAAGAUUCUAAUAGCAGCCAAUUUUAUGGCCAGGCUCUUAAUGACAUAUAUACAAAUAGCUAUACAUGAUUAUUAUGCGUAUAUUAUGAAUCAAUUUGAGCAAAAGAGAGGGAAUAUUCCCUCAGCUGUUGAAUGCUACAUGAAGCAGCAUGGUGUUUCUGAAAAGGAGACAAUUAGGGUGUUGCUGGAACAAGUUGCAGACGCUUGGAAAGAUGUGAAUGAGGCCAUGCUUAAACCAACUGCUGUGUCAAUGCCUCUAUUGGAACGGAUUUUAAAUUUGUGUCGUACUCUUGAAUUUAAAUACGGGGAUCUUUGUGAUAUUGAUGGCUUCACUGAUCCUACUAAAAUUAGAGACCAAGUUGUCUUAUUGCUCAGGGACCCAAUACUCUAA